GCCAAGAUUGAUGGCAUGAUGGUGACUCUGAGUGACGUACGACCGCUCUUGCACAUCGCAAGAUUUUUCGGAUGCGGGUUCUAUGUAGUCGGCGAGGACGAUAUCGUGCCGAUGAGGCACGGCGCCGUUUACACGGCAUCGUUCGCGUUGUUCUAUACGGCCGUUUGCGUGAUGAAUUUUUACAUACUCUCGAAAGAGGACGUGCUAGGGCCGCGACUGCUGGCGCUCACCAUUGCGAGAACCGGCCUCUCGUACACUUGCGUCAUGACCGACAUCGCGUUGACCUUCUGGUCAAGCUGGAAAGUGCGUGCCGCACUCUCGCAAUUACGCAUCUUCGACCGAGCCACCAGGUACAAGGAGCACGUCAAGUCUGACACGGUGCGUUACGUCUGUUGGGUCCUGCCGUUCGUCAUCAUGGUGUUUUGGUCGAUUGCCGGAUAUCUGACGUUUCGUUGUGAGCCCAAAGAUCCACUAUUCAACGGUCUAACUUACACUUUCAUCAACACUACGCUGUCGAUGCAGCUAUUGAGAUUCAUCAGCCUGUCGUUCCUUCUACGUGAGAGAUUUCGUCAACUUUGUGAAAUAUUGCUGCUGCCCGAAGACGGCAAAAUCAUGGUGGUGGAUCGAUCGGCCCGGCAGCUGCGCUUGCAGGAAGUGUGGUGGCUGCACUCGUGCCUCGCCAACGCCACGGAGCUGAUAAAUUCCGUAUACGCGGUGCAGCUUCUGCUGUGGAUCGCCGGUGGGGCCUUCAACACCCUAACGCGCCUUUACACGAUGAACGAGCACAACUCAUUGUCGAUCUUCCUCAUCGCGAGGGAGAUAAUGAUGGUGUCCGCUUGCGCGACGAAUCUUCUGCUCAUUACCACCGUCUGUCACUCGAUCGCGGCGCAGGCAAACCGUGUUGGGAAGAUUGCCUUCUCGCCGUCAUCGGCCAUUGUCGCGAAACGCAACCUUGCGCAGGUAAACGUGGACGCUGCAACGUACUUUCAGCUGCAUCAGCUGCAUUUCUUCGCCGCUGCCGGACUCAUACGCAUCGAUCUUCCUCUGCUUCUGUCGAUAGCCUCCGGUAUCACCACGUACCUGGUGAUCCUUCACACGGCCAACAACUAACGUAAUCUCUGUGAUUGAGAGGCUCAUCGUUGCA